AUGAAUAUCUUGGAAUUUCGAAUGAAUACGGGAAAGGUAGUCAAUUAUGUGCUCAUCCUCAUUCUGAACAAGGUCUUUCGAGCACCAGCUCUUCAUGAGCGGAGGAACGUCUGCAAAGUUAGGGCGAUGGGAGUCCUCCCCCAUUAUGUUGAUGGAAACCUUACGAUAUUCCCCAGGCAGCCCUUCCUCGACAUUCUUCAAAAGUCCAUCCAUCACCGCGGAGUGUAUCUGAGGCACCAGUGUUUCCGACAUUUCGUUCUUGGCCAUUUCUUGGAGCCGCUUGGUGACCAAAAUAUGGUUGAUUAA